AUGCCAGUGGUUUUCAACCUGUGGUCCGGUGGUGCGGUGUGGUGCGGUGGUAUUGCAGGUGUUGCGUCUGCUGUGAUUCUGCUGCUGAUCUCGGCUGCUUCUUUCACUGCUAAUGGUCAACCAGAUGAUAUAAAGCCUCGUUAUCAAAAAUUCCUCAAUCAGCAUUUGGGUCCUCAUGUGAGUGAACGUGAUUGUGACAGAGAAAUCAGAAAUAGAGGCAUCACUGCCUCUGGAACUGAAAAUGACUGCAAAGAAGUCAACACUUUCAUACAAGCAAAUAAGAAUAAUAUUAACGUCGUUUGUGGCAAAGGAGGAACUCCACAGGGCAAUAAUCUGUUUAAGAGCAACCAGCGUUUUCCUCUGGUCACGUGUAAAUUACAAAGUGGCCAGAGACACCCAAAUUGUAAAUAUAGAGGGGAGAAGUCCACUCGUUACAUUGUUUUGGGGUGUGAUAGAGGAUGGCCUGUACAUUAUGAUGAAGGCAUAACUAAUGCAUAGAUGACAGGCUAAAUAGAGCCUCACAAAGUUUUACAAUAUUUUGCUAAUCAUUUUUUCACCACUAUUUUUAUGUCAAAAAAGUGCAGUGGCUUUUAACUAUAUUUUAAGAUGUUCUCUGCUUGAUACAGUCUAAAGUAAACCAAUGAGGCACAGCUGUGAACAUGAACACAGUGCCAAUAAAUGUAUUGCAAUGUUUGUUGUGAUUGUUGUGCUUUAAAAAACUUUAUUACUAUCGCUAAUUAUAUUGGAGUAAUAGAUAAAUGACCUCUGUCAUCAUGGCACUCUGUAGGAUGGAGAAUACAGUCUCUCAUAUCAUGGUGCACCAGUCUGUUUUUACAUUCAUUUACAAGUCUAUUUGUGUAAUUGUGCAUUUGUGAACAAUACAAUUUUUUUGGCAUUUAAGUAAUAAUAAUUAUUAUUAUUAUUGGGAGUAGUGGAUGUGCAAAAAUAUAUGAGGAUAAGAAAGAUAAAGAUGUUCAACACCUGUCUCUAAUCUUCAAAUAAAAGGUCUCUAUGACCCUUAAACUCAA